CGUAAACAAAAUCGUUUCUUUAUGUUGAUUCGUGCAUUAAGUUUGUGGUGAACACAUGAUGGCAACAACACCAGAUCGUCAAACUGUAGCCUUGUCGAGGUUGAAAUCCCCACGAACGCCUUCAUCUCCGGGAACCGUUGCUUCUCUAAAAGUCGUAAAUGCUGUUACAAAUUUUGUAGAAUUUCAUCGAAAAUGGUGCCAAGCCGUUGCCAAAGGGUUGCAGUUUUGCAAUGCAAUUCGGAAUAUAAAGAACAAUGUGUUUCGUUCUGCGAACAAUGAAGUUGCAUACCCAGAAAAUCUCAUAUUGCAUUGUAAGAAUUUAAUAGUGAUGGUUUCUAUCAUGGAAGAUGUUAUCGCAAAUGCUUUUUAUAUGGUCGUACAACUUAAAUCCCUGAAAGAGUCCUUCGAAAACGAUUAUACCAUCGGUCGGACGUGGAAUUUUGCGCAAACGGUUAAAACAGUAGAAAUGUCCAUUGUAUCAUACGAAAAAGAAAUAACCACUAGGAAAUACAUAGCAGAAAAUAUUGGACAUGCCCUAUCAACCGAACAUUUGGAUUUAUUUGUGUCCUGUUGGAAUAACACAAUGGAUGUUGAGCGGAAUCGAGAACUUUAUAUUCACAUGAUGUUUUACGAAUUUAGACUGAAUGAAUAAGAAGAACUAUUAUCACAAAAAAUAAAACAAACUUUGGAGUACGAUCUGUUCCGUAAUCGUUGUGCGCAAACACUUUUCACCGUUUGUUUAUUUUUACGUUAUGUUACCAUUUAAUUGGUAAUGAAUAGUAGGAUUCCUGUGCAUACCCACCUUUAAAUGUUUGCUUAGUAAUAGCCACCUGUACAAACAACCGCUCAGCUUAUCAGCAAUUUACGGGCACAUUGCUACGUUCUAGUAAUCUUCGCCAGUACAAUAUGGCAUCGUUAAUACUGUACAUCUUAAGAUAAGGUAUUCACAAUCCCAGUUCGUUGUGUUUCUGAAUUUUUCAUGAGUCUUACGGGGUGUCCUCGCUAUUUAACAAACUAAAUAAUAGUAAACCCGAACACAGCCAAUGCUAUACAUUCGAGUCCUGAAUAGCAUUUCAGGAAAUGAAGUUAGCUUAAGUAGUAGUAGUAUGCUAGGAAGUUAGGAUCUCGACUCGAGAGAACACUCCUAUCAUUCAGAGUGAGCAAGAUCAUUCUGGGUCACGAUGAUUGCAGCUCGGUACAACGGCAUUUGGAUCAAUUGGUCCUUCAUAGGGCGGUGGUUUUUCCGCGACUUGUUUUUCGUCGACUACACAUACCGAACAAUCUACCGUUGGGUGCGUUGCAUCGUUUUGAUCGUGCUCGUCUAUUAUGCCGUUUCCUGGCGUGUAUGAUGAACAAGCAUUCGUUGAUGGCAAAUAACUUGUAUUGGUUACAUUUGGUGUCAUUGAGAGGUGCAAAAGAGCGGCAGGAUCCAGCUUUAUUGCAUCAUCAUAACUUGGAGGCGCUGUUGCCACUGUGUCGUAAUCAGGAGGCUUUUCCCUUCGUCGCUCAUCGUUUAUUACAAGUACCGGAUCGUCGUUCUGCAGUAAAUAGAAAAUAAAAAAAUAGUAUAAAACUUUUCUCAUCAAAUA